AUGCCCCGACACUCUUUACUCAAGUCGCUCGUUUCGUUCACAUUCGUUUUCACAGCUUUGGCUGGCAGAGGCCAAGUCAAACACCCAAAGCCCUACCAUGAGGUGCCGCAACUAGCCAGACACGGCUCUUUUGAGCCUUUCACCGCACCGAGCCCGGAUCAUCUGAAUCCUCGUCAAGAGAAGACAGCCGACGGUCUCACCGCGAUCGACACUUUCACUUACAACGGCGAGUCAUGGACCGCGUACGAGGAUGUCACCCGCUUCGAUGGCCCUUUGGUAUUGGUCUCGUCGUCAGGCACACGGCGUGAAAUCAAGAGAUACGUCGAGGCCUCAAGCGACGAAGCUGUUUCGCUCAACAGGACCGUCGACGCCUAUUUUGGCCUCGACCCCACCAACGACGUCAACCUGAAGCAGAACGACGUCCUCGCAGAGCGUCUUCUUCAGGACGGCGAACCCGUUGAGGAGCAUGUUCGCGACGUCGUCGACCUAUCUUUCUUGCCUUGGGACACGUAUCUCGGAAAUGUCCAGGCCAAUGACACAAUGGCCCUCGAUUGGCAAUCCACGACAAAGAACUACCAACCCUGGAAUGACCUCCUCGAAGCCGCGGACGGAACGCACUCCAACUACUCCUUCGACGGUCUCUUGAGUGGAUGGAUGCCCGCAAGCCGCAAGAUCUACCGCGGACUCGAAGACACCACCGACUGGGUUGACAUUACCGCCUUUGCUGACGUCGACUCUCCUGAUCCAGAGAUUGUCCACAUCUGGUUUUCCAUGACGUAUAUCAAGGGCGGCGUAGUCCGCGCGCACAAGUACGCGUUGGACUACAAGCAGUUCCUGCCCCUGAAGGCGCACCCCACAGCGAACGACUUCUACCCGGCCCUAAUGCGCUUCACGGACUACUGGGAGUCUCAUGUGAAGGACGGCAUUUCUCUGACUCUUCCCGACGAGACCUGGUCAGACAUGGGCAAACACGCCUUCGCAGCAGAGCUCGUCGGUCGUGCCGGUGGCGUGUCCCCGAGAUACGGCGCCUUCGAGCGCGACUAUGGCGGCUCGGAGUACGACGGCUUCCAAGACAUCAUGACCUCCUCACUCACGGCCAACCUCGCCUGGGGACGCUUCGACCAAGCAAAGACCAUUCUCGAGAACUAUAUGGACUGGUACGUCUACGACAACGGCGCGAUCAAGAUGCGCGGACCCGCGGUACCGCAGUUCGGCCUAUCUCUGUCCCUGAUCGCCCGUUACGUGCAGUACACAGGCGACACCGCGCUCGUUGAGAGGUACAAGACGAAGAUCCUCGCGUGGGCGAACAUGCUCACCACCCGCCAGGACGAGAACCUGAAGCUGCCGGAGGACGAUCCGUACCACGGCCUCAUCUCCGGGUGGAGCGAGUCUGAUGCCGCUCUCAGGAGCGAUGCGUGGCGGUUCGAGAAGCCUUACUGGAAUAACGCCGCGUUCGCGGCUCGCGGGUUGAAAGACUUGGCCAACAUCGACACCUUCGCCAAUCAGGCCAAGGACUGGAACGACAGGGCUGAGAAGCUCAUCAAUCAGACGGCUGUGACGCUUGACAAGUGGAUUCAGCGCAACUUCACGCCUCCUUACGUCCCCGUACUCCCCAACGAGACAACGCAUGUGCUCGAAGACUUGGCGGAGAAGGGAGACGCAUCGUCGCAGUGGUGGCCUCACCGCGUCUACUCAGAGCUUCUUCAAGCAUCCGUGCUGUCGUCCAACCAGACGGACAUGGUAAUCGACUCGAUGCGAGCGUACGGAAUCACCAGUCUCGGAGUAGUUGCGAACGUGACGCCCCUGAAGCCAGAUACCCGCGACAUCCUCGGUUUCAUUUCAUACGGCUAUGCGCUGACUUUGUUGCUGCAAGAUCGCAUCGAUGAGUUUGUGUUGUUCUUGUAUACUCACCGAUACCACGUCCACAACCGCGGGCUGUGGCUCGCUGCCGAGGUUGCUGGCACUGGCGGAGGUUCAAGCACGUACUGCCAACCGUCCGAGUUCACGAUUCCCAUCUUGCUGAGAGCUGCGUUGUUGCUGGAUCAUCCGGACGAGGAUGCCUUGUUGGUUGGACGAGGUGUGCCGAGAAAGUGGCUCAGCGAGGGUAAGAUCGGGGUGCAGAGGGCGCCGACCAAAUGGGGACUCGUCGAUCUUGAGAUGGAGCUGGAUCAGAAGGCACGUACUGUCACCACGGUCUUGGGCUUCGAAAAGGCACCUCCGGCGGAGGUGAGGGUGAAGAUGAGAUUACCGGAGGGCAGUGAGUUGAAAAACGUCACCGUAGGGGGCGCGGCUACCGAGUGGAAGGGAGAGGAGGUUACACUGCGCCUUGGAUCGGGUGCGCGAAACGUCACCAUUGUUGGAACCUUUCAAUAG